AUGUUCGAGCUCAAGACGGUCCUGGCAACUUCUGCAGGAGCAUUCUUUGCGUUCCUCUACUUCUCAAGGCGCAAGCGGCAUGUUGUGAAGGAAUCUCCUCCCCAUCCUUCAUGGAAGGCCGGAGAGAAUCAGCCUAUUCCAUAUCCCGGCAGGCACGUAACCCUCCUCCCUUCAGAGCUCAAGUCCUGCUACCCGCUGAUCAUCUCAGCAUAUGUACCUCGUCCUAUUGCCCUCGUCUCCUCCAAGUCAGCUGCAGGGCAUGUCAAUGUGGCUCCUUACAGCUACACCGGCGCCAUCUCCCAUGAUCCGCCGGCCAUCGUGGUCUCAUGCUGCAGGAAGGCGGGGGACGUCAUGAAGGAUACGCUCGCAAACAUCCUGGAUACGAAGGAGUUCGUGGUCAAUAUCAUGUCAGAAUGGUACGCAGAGUCAGCAAACCAUACUUGCGGCAACUUCCCACCCGAAGUGAACGAGAUGGAUGUGGCUGGCCUGACGCCCCUGCCCUCCAAGAUCAUCUCCCCCCCUCGUGUGGCAGAGUCUGCGCUCAACUUCGAAUGCCGCCUGAUCCACCAGUACGACAUGAAGAACGCGCAAGGGAAGGUCACCACCACGGUUGUGAUUGGAGAGAUAGUCGCGUUCCAUGUCCAUGAGGGUGUACUAGAAAUGAACGGAGCGGGUGAAGGCAAGCCGACGGUGAACUUCGAUGCCUUGAAGCCCCUGUCUCGUCUUGGAGGAUGCACGUAUGGACGGACAACCGCUGUGUUCGAUCUGCCGCGUCUUGAUAGAGCGUGA